CCGUAUGAGAAGUAUGCGAGUGUGCGUCUAAUCACUGGCAGCAGCAGCGCGUCGGUUUGACAUCGGUUCCGUAGGAGUAGUAUGGUCAGUCUGUUACGGAACUUUACAUCAAACUCGGGUGGACGUUUCUUUGAUGAAUCAUCGAGAAUGGACGACAGCAGAACGAUGCUCGAUCCCAUCCUAGCGACGGAGGAUGACGACAGCUUUCGACCGCUCCGCACGGUUCCAGCAUUCAGCAUUCAUCUGCUGAUAUCGAGCUGUAUUUCCUUGACCGGAAUCAUUCUAGCGGCUACAUGGGAGGAUAGCCGACGAUGUGAGGCUUACUUUAUAAUGCUUUAUUUACGAGCCGCGUUUUGGAUUAUUACCUACCUGUUCGAUCACAUCGUACGGGCACAUCACGAAAAGUUAAGGCUGAACGGCUAUCACGAUUUCCACCGUGCGACCGACCAGCACAAAGCCGUGCCGCUACAGAUAGUGUCGCUGUGGAACACGUUCCUGCUCGCGAUCCAAACGCUGAUUCAGCACUACUACGGUGACGCAUUCGGCGAAAAGUGCAUCGCGGUCGGUUUGCUGUCCCCGAUUAUUUACAUCACCGCCUUCUCCGGGCUGGAAACGGUUGUGCUGUGCAUCGUCAAUGGAAGCUACAUUGCUGCUGUACGGCGAUUUAAUCGUACCGCUUCACCGCCGGACGCUUUGCAGGACAACCGUGGCUUCAGUGGUGGCUCGUUGGGACUUACCCAGCGUGGCCUGAGCACGGCCGAGCUGCUGGAGAAGCAGGCGGAUCUGAUCAAGUACUUGAAGGAUCACAACUUGAAGCUGAAUCAAAAGAUAAUGCAAAUGAACGCCCAGGUGCGAACGGUCACGUAUCCUGGAUGAGGUGGAUGGGGAGCGUGUUUUUUUGUAUGGUCGCGGAUUAAGAACAGGGUAAUAGAAAAAGUUUUCGUUUUCUACAUCACCAACCUUGGUAUUGGUGGGUUGUGAAAUGCACAUUGGACUGAAGCACUUUACGCAACUAUCCCUACUGCUCUCCUAUGAAAAGGUUCUCCAUCGAUUAGUGUCGGAGCAUAGGAAGUAUAUUGUAGUGUCUUAUUUCCAAAGUAUGUUUGUCUUACGUUCUCCAAAGCAUGUUUUGUGUGUCAGGUCAGUUUAGUAGUGCCCACUAUUAGUUCGAUGUAAUUCAUAUGUUCCAAAAUUGGUAUUUAAGAAAGAAUUCCUCUUGGAAUCUGAGUGAUAAAAAGAAACAGUCGUUAAAUAAAUACUUACGAACUAUUGCCAAUGGAA